AAAUGACUUGUGGCUUGAAAUAUUGAGGUGUUUUUUUUUGUUGUUUGGAAAGGAAACAGGUGUGCAUUGCACUUUGCACAAUUUGUUCAUUUCACACCAGCAAUGCGUCAGCGACGGCUGCUAUUGUUUUAAGAACAAGAACGGUAAAGUAGGUGUUUAGGUCCGAGCGUAUCCUGUUGUGCGGUCAACCAACUCGCACAGGGUCUGGUGUGUAUGUGUCAUGUGUUUGUGGGAAGGAAAGGGAAGAAGAAGUAAGGGUGAUGUCAUAUUGGAUGACUUCACUUCAGAUGUGCCAGGGAGUACGAGAGCAUUGCACUGCCCUUUUCUUAUCAGGGUGCUCUGCCCUGCCUUUCAUCCUCCCAAUGCCAGCCCUACCAGUCCCGUACUUCCAGAAAUAGACUCAAGCUUUCCUCUAACUCUCCUACCAGCCCACCAAUCUGAUCUCAAAACCCUCCCACUUACACUCCAGUCUCGCCAAUAUCAAGCCUGUGGCUGACUUCAUUGGCUAAGUUACUUUGCCAGAGCUUGAGACCAUACAAUCUCUCAGCUGACCUGUUCAUAUUCCGGCAUGGUUGACAGCACACAUGCCUCCCUCAUCCUCCCACCGACAGCGGCGACAACAGCAAAGAGGAAACACCUCACAGCAGAGCCAGCGGGACGUGGAACACACACUCUCUCUCUCCCACUGGAGCCACACUGGAGGGGGCAAGCUAGGCUGCACUACACACGCAUGCGAUCCUCCCCCCCCCCCCUCCACAACACACACGCGCAUACACACACAGACACUGGCUCCUCCCUUUGUGAACAGAAAGAGAUGGGAGGUGCAGUCAAUCACUGAGAGUAAGUGGAAGGGGCUUGAGUAGGACUUGCUCAGAGGGGGGGUGGGGGAGGCGGGACAAAUCCUGUUCAUUUUCUCCAAAUAAAUAUUGGAGGUAACAAUCAGGAUUCUUUUAUCCGGAGCGAGGGAAAAUAAGCAGAGGAAGAUAAAGGGCGUGCGUCUGAUUUCAGAGGCAACACAGGAAGUAGGGCAUGCUCAGCGCAGGGGUGAGGAAGGGAGGGUGGGAGAAAGAAAAGGAGGAGAGGGAGAGCUUUGUGGUGCUUUUUCUCCACCCCUCUUCUUAAAGGAGCACCAAAGAGGAAAGACAGACACAGUCGGUCAGAGGGAGAGGAGAGGACCACAGCUAAAGACGUUUGGAAGGAGGUUUGCAUCAACAGCAAAAAAGUGGGGUGGAAUGGAGCUCUGAAAUUACAUUUUUCCCUCAUUUUCCUCUGGCUUUUUCCUCCUCCUACCUUCCUCCCCCCCACCACCACCAAAUCUGGCUCAGUCUGCUUAUUUUCUCAACUCUGCAAGUGUCAUAAGACUGACUAUGCCUGAUCGCAUUUGAUGCCAAGACUGAAGGAGUCUCGCUCCCAUGAAUCACUGCUCAGCCCCAGUAGCGCCGUGGAAGCCCUGGACUUAAGCAUGGAGGACGAGGUCAUCAUCAAGCCUGUGCACAGCAGCAUCCUCGGCCAGGACUACUGCUUCGAGGUCACCACCUCCACAGGAAGCAAAUGUUUUUCCUGCCGUUCGGCAGCCGAGAGAGACAAAUGGAUGGAGAAUCUGAGGAGAGCCGUGCAGCCGAACAAGGACAACAGUCGGCGAGUGGAAAACAUGCUGAGGCUGUGGAUCAUCGAGGCCAAGGACCUGCCGGCCAAAAAGAAAUACUUCUGUGAGCUCUUCCUCGAUGACUCACUGUACGCUCGCACCACCUGCAAGCUCAAGACCGACAACCUGUUCUGGGGGGAGCACUUCGAGUUCAGCAACCUGCCCGGCGUCCGGAGCAUCACGGCGCACCUCUACAAGGACACGGACAAGAAGAAGAAGAAGGACAAAAACAACUACAUCGGCCUCGUCAGCAUCCCCGUCCUGACCGUCACCGGGCGGCAGUUCGUGGAGAAGUGGUACCCGGUCAGCACACCCACCCCGCCCAAGGGUAAGACGUCGGCCCCCAUGAUCCGGAUCAAGGCCCGCUAUCAGAGCAUGAACAUCCUUCCGAUGGAGAUGUACAAGGAGUUUGCGGAGUACACCACCAACAACUACAUGAUGCUGUGCUCGGUGCUGGAGCCGGCCAUCAGCGUCAAGAACAAGGAGGAGGUGGCGUGCGCGUUGGUGCACAUCCUUCAGAGCACCGGCAAGGCGAAGGACUUCCUCACAGAUCUGAUGAUGUCUGAGGUGGACCGCUGUGGGGAGAACGAGCACCUCAUCUUCAGGGAAAACACUCUGGCCACAAAGGCAAUUGAGGAGUACCUGAAGCUGGUUGGUCAGAAGUACUUGCAGGACGCCCUGGGUGAAUUUAUUAAGGCUCUGUAUGAGUCGGAUGAAAACUGUGAGGUGGAUCCAUCCAAGUGUUCCUCUGGUGACCUGCCAGAGCACCAGAGCAACCUGAAGAUGUGCUGUGAGCUGGCCUUCUGCAAAAUCAUCAACUCAUACUGUGUUUUUCCACGAGAACUGAAAGAAGUCUUUGCGUCGUGGCGGCAAGAGUGCAGCAGCCGGGGUCGGCCGGACAUCAGCGAGCGGCUGAUCAGCGCCUCGCUGUUCCUGCGCUUCCUCUGCCCGGCCAUCAUGUCGCCGUCACUUUUCCACCUCAUGCAGGAGUAUCCCGACGACCGCACGGCGCGCACGCUCACUCUGAUCGCCAAAGUCACACAAAACCUGGCCAACUUUACCAAAUUCGGAAACAAGGAGGAGUACAUGUCCUUCAUGAACCAGUUUCUGGAGCAUGAGUGGACCAACAUGCAGCGUUUCUUGUUGGAAAUCUCCAACCCCGAGACAAUCUCAAACACGGCUGGUUUUGAAGGCUACAUUGACCUCGGCCGGGAGCUCUCGACCCUGCACUCGCUUCUGUCGGAGGUGGUCUCCCAGAUGGACCAGAGCAUGGCCUCAAAGCUGAGUCCUCUGCCCAGAAUCCUUCGCGAGGUGAACACGGCUCUUUCUAACCCGUCCUGCGUCCAGAUGACCCCCGGGCCGCCGUCGGAGCCCGUGGGUUCCCCUCCCGCCGAGGCCGGCUGCAGCAUUUCCACCGGGCUGCAAAAGAUGGUCAUAGAUAAUGAACUAUCGGGAUUGGUCGACUUCACCCGGUUACCUUCGCCCACUCCGGAAAAUAAGGACAUCUUCUUUGUGACGAGGAGCUCGGGUAUCCAGCCUUCGCCUGCUCGCAGUUCCAGCUACUCUGAGACUAAUGAGCCCGAGCUGGGCAUGUCCAACGGCAACAAAAGUUUAUCCAUGGUGGACCUGCAGGACCCCCGCAAUCUGGACGCUGGGACAGCUCAAAGCCCUUCAGAUGUUCUGGGUGAGAGCCAAGCUUCUGGUGGGGGCUGGCCCGCCAGAGUCUCUCAGGGCAACAUCCCAGGCGGUCCUACCAUGAGGAGGCCGGGUCAGGCCCCGACCUCCCCAAACACGGACAGCACUCCGGGCCGACCCGCCCAGCUACUUGCCCCGCUGUCCUUCCAGAACCCAGUUUACCAGAUGGCGGCCUGCUUGCCAGUGUCUCCUCGAGGAAUGACUGAUUCGGGGUCAGAGUGCCACAGUUCAGUUAGUUCCCAUAGCAACAACGAGGACGGGCCAGCGGGAGGGAAGCAAGCCUUUAUGAACCAUACCGGCGGCGGAGGAGGAGGCGGGGGAAGCAGCGGCGAUGAGUACACCCGACGUUCUGGGGAGUUCAACCGUCGGCAGCUGUCGCUAACGGAGACCCAGCAUCAGCCCACCGUCCCGAGGCAGAACAGCGCCGGCCCCCAGAGGAGGAUAGACCAGCCUCCCCCCCAGAGCGUCACGCGAGGCCGUACCCCGCCGAAUCUGCUCAGCGGCGGCCCGUACCCUCGCCCCACCUCCGGCAGCAUGAUGACGUCGUCGCCCGACUGGCCGGCCAGCGGCGCUCGUUUGCGGCAGCAGUCGUCCUCCUCCAAAAGCGACAGUCCCGAGACCAAACAGAGAGUUCAGUGCAAACAGGCCCCCUCCCCAGUGAACCCCAGUGCGCUGGACCGCACAGCAGCCUGGCUUUUGAAUAUGAAUGUGCAGUAUUUAGACCAUGAGGGGAUGGAGCCCGAGUCACUAAGAAACAGAGAGGAUCUGACUCAGGUGGAGAAGUACCAGCAGGAGAUUGCAGUGCUGCAGGAGAAACUGCGCGCCUCCGUGCAGAAGCUGGAGGAGUACGAAGCCCGUCUCAAGGGUCAGGACGAGCAGGCCCAGAAGGUCCUGCUGGAGUACCAGGCCAGGCUGGAGGAGUCGGAGGAGCGUCUGCGCAGGCAGCAGGACGACAAGGACCUCCAGAUGAAGAGCAUCAUCAGCCGGUUAAUGUCGGUGGAAGAGGAGCUGAAGAAGGACCACUCUGACAUGCAAGCAGUCGUGGACUCUAAGCAGAAGAUCAUUGAUGCACAGGAGAAGCGCAUAGCUUCGCUGGAUGCCGCUAACGCUCGUCUCAUGAGCGCACUCAGCCAGCUGAAGGAGCGCUACAGCAUGCAGACCCGCAACGGCAUCUCCCCCACCAACCCCACCAAGCUGCAGAUCACCGAGAACGGAGAGUUUCGGAACAGCAGCAACUGCUGAGGCAGCUCGGCGCGCGUCUGAGGCUCCGGGGCGUUGUACAGCGUAUUCGUCCACCCCCUCAGCCCGCCGGCGUCGACGAGUGCCUGUUUAUAGAUGGACUGUGAGACAAGUGCGUGUGUGUGUGCGUGCCUGCCUCUGUGUGUGUGUGGGUGCGUUUUAGAAAAGCAGUCGGCGUACUUCCGGAAGACAUUUCCACUUUUUCUCAGUUUGGAGACAAAUGUUUGGCACGAGGACGUUUCGCGCGAGGGGCCACCCAGAAGGAGUGCAGCUCGGAGCGGAUCACCAGAUGGCCUUCACCGGGAGGCUGGUGGAAAGAGAGAGGAGGCAGGGAAAAGCCUGUACAUAAAAACUCUGAGCCGCGCACGAGUUGAGUCGCUGCAAAUACCCGAGCUCGCGCCCGUCCACGCCUGGGACAAACCACUAUGAAAACCGCAAGCAUCGACGAUCCGCUCCUCCUUUCCCUCUCCCGACAGCAGAGUGGGCCCAUUUAAAACCACACGUUGAGGAUUUUCACUUAAGUUUGUCUCCAGAGGUUUGCUUUCCAACGCUUUAUCUCAAAGUUUAUGUUUUUAAAGAACCAAAUAUGAGCUAUAAAUAGAUAUUUUUAAAUCCAAAACAAUCUUCUCCACGUCCUUUUUAACUCAGAGGUGUGUUCCUGAGCGUCCCGUUUACCCUGUCAAACCCCCACUCACCUCCUCCUUCCCCCUUGCCCCCAAAGCAGUGCACUUUGUGAAAAGCUAUUGGUACACGAAACGCCUUAACUAGGGAACACACCUCGACUUUAACCCCGCAGCUCCUCCCGAUUCUGCAAAAACUCAAAAAGCCACCCCAUAAAGGCACAACUUAUACUGUGGAUUUGUAGAGAAAACGACAUAAAACGAGAUGAGAUGUAUUAUAAACACUAAAGUAAAUGAAUUCUAUGUGAUGCUAUAUUAAUGAAAUUUAACAUAGAUGUAUGCAUUUUUUUUCUUCUAGAAUAUACACAGACAUAUACCUAUAUUUGAUAUUGUCAAAUAUAAAAGCAGCCCUUUAUUUAAGAGAUUUAGCGUUACCUUUCCUUCUCUGAUGGUGAGAGACUGUAGUGUGUAGCUUGCUUUUGGAGCCCUGGAGAGGAAGACCAGCCUGAGCAGUGAUCAGCACCUCAAAGAGCCUUUAUUGUUCUUUAUGUAAUUGUUGCAGGUGUGAGAAACCCCUGUAUUAUUGUCGUUGUUGCUUGUAGGGUGUUAGAACGAUAAUGCCGAGUUAUAAUAUGGAGAUUUCAAAGUCUCAUGGUACUAAAACAAAAGUACAAUAUGCAAUCUGAUUGUGUUUAAACCCUAAAAUCAAAGAUUCCUACUAUAGUACUGCUAAAAUAUACCAUACUGAUUACUAUUGUAAAGUUUUUCUUAUGUACACCCGUUCAUUUGACAGAACAAAUAUGCUGCUUGUGACUUGGCAACUGGUUUUGAUAAUGGCUGGAGCUCCAUUAGUUUUAACGCCAUAUCUGUAUAUGUUGCCACAGUUGAAUAUAUGUCCAAACAGUAUAGUUUUUGAUUAUUAGUUUAAACCAAAAAUUUAAACUGAUAAUUUGAUUGUGAAGCCUUGGAGAGGAAGACCACCCUCAGCAGUGGUGGUCUGCAAAUCGCAAAUAUUUUGCGGUUUGCGAAACAUUAAGACAAUUCCACCUAUUCUGGCUCCAUCCUGGUGCUUCAUUACCAGAACUUAAAACCCUUGGAUGAAGUUUUGCUGUUUUGAAACCUUGAUUUUUUAUUUCUUUAUUUUUUUUUAACCCGGCAUUCAAAUGUAUGAUAACGUUGAGUAAAAAUAAAUAAAUAAAUGAAAUACAUUGGGAAAUUUUAAAAUGCUAACAUUUAAAAGUUUUUCUUGCCUUGUCAAAAGUAAAGGUAGAAUAGUUGAAUUUUUUCUUUUUUUUUUUUUGAGUAUUUGAUCCCUAACGCUGGCUCACGUCUCCAAUGAGCACAAUCAAUACGUAGUAGGUGUUUUUUUGUGUUUGUCUUUUAUUUCCUGGUGCUCAUCACUGCUCCAUCGACAACACAUCACUAAUUGUUAUGGGGACGUUGGUCGCUUCUCUCUAGUUGCGCAGGAGCUGCGGAGCGACGCGUCUCGAUGCGUUCGCUCAUACUAUACACUGGACUGGCAGAGCCGUUGUUUGUCAUUGACCUCCAUUCAGUCAGUCGUAUUUGUCCGCUGAAAUGAAGUAUGCUGUAUCCAAACUGUGACUCCAUCGAUCCUCCUUGGCAUUAGCUUUCUCUCUCGCCCUCCCCUUUAUCUUGCUCCUGCCUGACCUCAUCUGUUUUCUUUGUUUUUGUUUUUUGCCUCUGAAUGUAUAGACACCGUUGUAAAGUGUAACUCGCUGUCGGCUCACUCUCAUCUGCUUUUUUAGGAAUUUUUCUGAUCAUUUCACAAGCAAAAGUCUCAAUACAUCGACAGCCAGCCGUAGCAUCUACACCCAUCAGUUUCAUUUGGUCGUCGGUUGGUCAGUGAGGAUGGCUGCUCUUAUAAAUAUAUAUAAAUUUAUAUGUAUAUUAUACAAUACAAUAUAAUUAUUGACUGCUUUGUGAGAUGGGAGAUCAUGGGAUUGUGUAAAUAAAAUGCCCACACUAUUUUUACCGGAUGCUAAAAGAGCUUUUUGUAAAUGUUUUUUUUUGUUUUGUUUUGUUUUGUUUUGUUGUUUUUUUCGUGCUCAGACUCUGCUGUAUCAUUAUUGAUAUUGUAAAUAUAGAAGAUAGCCCAGUCAGUCAUCUGUCCUCAUCGGGCAGAGCUAUACAAACCAAUUAAUCCGUCAGUGUUCUCUCUGUUGAAAAGCUUUUGUGUUUGUAUUUUACCGUGUACUAUCUCUAGCCAAAAACAGAAAAAAAAAACAAAAAAAAACAACAACAAACAAAAGAACUGAUCACGUAGGGGUUUGACUCUUGAGAUGUAUGCCUUGCUGGUUUCAAGCCAACUCGAGUCCGAUGAGCUGCGCAAGCACAAUCCUGUAAAUCUCAUCAGUCUCACUCAAUGCACUUUUACAUUUAGUGGUUGGUUUCUAUUUCACUUUCUUUUUUUUUUUUAAACACAGAACCCCGUUUCAGGCAUUUCAAGGUUCCUAAGCAACUAAAGGGAGUUAUCUUUAGUUAAAUACCAGACAUUUCACACCUGCAUACUGCACAGCUCUCUAAAGCUGUUUGUCUGCACAGAUUAAAGCAAGACUAUGAUCCAUUUUUCUUUUUUUUUUUUAAAUAAUAGCACAUGACAGCUACAUGUACUGACCAAAUUGGCUUAACAAACUUUUGUUUACAUGCAGUCUAAGUUUACAACUAACUUUUGUGUCCUAGCAAUUUCAUUACACCUUUGUGCAGCUAAAUGUCCAACUUAAUAUUUUUGUUUUUUACAAGUAGUGCACAUUUAGGUCAUUUGAAUGUGUACUAGAUGUGUUUCUUAACUGUCUCAUUAAAAAAAAAAAAAAACUUUUUGUAGCAUCUAGUUUAGCCGCAAAGCAUUUUAGAGUUGGCUAAUUCUAGCAAAACAGAGUUACUGAAUUAGGUCAAUUCCAGAAAAGCUCUAAACAUGGUUAGACUUUUUGUUUUCUUUUGCAAAUUAAAACUCGUAUUCAUUGUAACUUAUUGAAAUGAUAACCCUGAAAUGUAUUUAUCAUACAGUUUAUAGCCACUGUUUGACUAAUCUCCAAACCACCAGCUAUUUUGUGAUUUGUGAAAGUGGGCCAAUUUGACUGUUAAUGUUAGCAAUUUGACGCUAUUUUAGCUACUGCUUAACUAAAUGUUGAAAUACUAGGUGUUCCAAUUUGUCAAAGUUUUCAGGCUUGCCAAUCAUUUUCCAAAUGAACUUGAGAUUUGACUUACUUUUAGCAUUUUAGCACAAUGCUAAAUUAUGGUUCAGUUUUUAACUAUUUGUGAAAGUUGGCAAAUGCACUAAACUGUAUUCCAAAUAAGCUCCAGAGUUUCGGUCAACAUUGUAGCCCAAUGCUAACUCUUACUUAGAUACAUAUUAGCUAAUUAAUAUGUUCCUAAGAAGUUACCCUUGUGCAUCAUACAUUUUUCAGAUUUUAUUUCAGUAAAGCUGCUUUUCACAAAUUCUGCCAUAUUUGACUUUUGCUUUCUUCCAUAAACAUUUUAGUUUUCAUGCUUGGCUAACCUUUUAUUAUUGCCAUGGAGCGAGUUGAGUGUCUUGUAGUUACCAUUAUAAAACCAUAAUGAUAGCUUUACUGUCUUAUUUACAAUCCAAAUGCUAAAUAAGCCAAAUUUAUUAUGCCCAGAAGCAGAUUAUCAUAACUCCAGUCAUAGUCUUGCUUUAAGAUCUCAAAGAUUAAAAUGCAUCCACUAAUAGCUAUAUUUUCCAAUCAGUACUUUCACUAACAUCAAACAGGCAUCAGUGAUCACCUUUUGGUUUUCCAUUUCAUAAAUCGGAUAAAACAAAAGCUCAUUCUUGACAUAGUUCGACCAAUCAAACAAAGGAUUAAAUGAAAUAUAAAGCUAUAAGUAAAAGAUGUAUGUUUUCUAUUCUAUUGUAGAAAAAAUACUUUUGUAAUUAUGUUGAAAGUAUAAAGUAUUUGCUGGAUUCUGCUUCCUUUGACGACAGUGACAAAACAAUAAUGUACAGAAGAACUCGUGUUGACAAAACGUGGCUGUGCAAUUUAUGUACAUUUGCAACUAGACCUAUUAAAGUUUUAUUUAGCUAUUUUAAA